CACACACACACACCAACGUGAUGUUAUUGGAUCACCUUGAAUUCCCCUUUCUCUCUCUUUUAGUCUCUCUCUCUCUCUCUCUCGUUUCCUCUUUCUUUCUGUCUACCUUUCCUCUCCUCUCUCCUCUCCUCCUCUCCCUCCCUUUCUCCUUCUCUCUCUUUAGGAUGAACAGAUGAAGCCCAUCAUGAGUCUCUCGCUCCCUAAAAGCGACUCCACCGCUUCUCUGCUCAGAUCUUCCGCGGCAGACCGGAGAUCGCGAGCCCCGGACGAGCCUCUCUGGAGCCCCGACAGCGACGCGAGCUCGCGCCGUCCGCUCUGCCACCCGGCGCUGCUGCUGCCGUCGCCGCCGGACCGGAAGCGCGCGGCGGGGAAGAGCCAGCCCAAACCGCGCGACGAUGCACCGGAGCGGACGGACGCGAGCAGCGGCGGUGACGGUAACGGUGGUGGUGGUGGUGGAAAAGAGCGCAAGACAUCCAGACACGCGCACCGACACCACCACCAUCAUCACCAUCAUCAUAACAAUCACCAGCACCACCAUCAUCACCAUCAUCAUCAUCACCAUCACCGGUCCGCGCGGGACGAACUGCCUCACGAGCCCCGCACGAAACACACUCACGGUGCUCGCGUGCCCAACCGGACUCGGUCUUUUUCCGAGGGCUCGGAAGAAACGGCCUCCACUUCCUCUUCCACCUCGCUUCUGUUCUUCCAGUCCCCCCGGACGCACCGGCGGACAUCCGGAACCGGGGGACAGGCGCGCGACCCCGACAUGGGCGGCUCGUGCUCACCGGUGCCCGCAGCCUCCACGAGCGCAGCAUCUUCCGACUCAGAUUUCAAACUGCGGCCUAUUCUCAACUCCGUGUUCGGACAGGACCGAGAGCUGAGACCUGAGGAGAUUGAGGAACUCCGUGAAGCCUUUAAAGAGUUUGAUAAAGAUAAGGACGGCUUUAUCAGCUGUAAAGACCUGGGGAACUGUAUGAGGACGAUGGGCUACAUGCCCACUGAAAUGGAGCUGAUCGAACUGAGCCAACAGAUCAACAUGAACCUGGGAGGUCAUGUGGACUUCGAUGACUUUGUGGGAUUGAUGGGCCCGAAGCUUUUGGCAGAAACAGCAGAUAUGAUCGGAGUGAAGGAGCUCAGAAACGCCUUCAGGGAGUUCGACACUAACGGUGAUGGAGAGAUCAGUACAAGUGAGCUGAGGGAAGCCAUGAGGAAACUGUUAGGCCACCAGGUGGGUCAUCGAGACCUGGAGGACAUUCUGAAAGAUAUCGACCUGAACGGCGAUGGACGUGUAGACUUUGAGGAGUUUGUGCGCAUGAUGUCCCGAUGAAGGAGCCAAAACUUUUUGCACAUUGCACACUAAAUCGUGACCCCUUACUUCCCGCCGGCUGGAGGAGACGAGAGACGAGAAAAGACGAGACGAGGAGUGUUAAAACGUUUAUCACGUGCACGACUGAUCGAUAUCCAAUCGUUCUGGUCGUCCAAUCAGUGAUCAUCUCACAGGAAACCACACGUGAAAACAUUUUAGCGUGGCUCUGAGAAUAACAACACUGCUGGACAGAAAAGCUUUAAUGAGCCUGAAUGACAACAAAAUACAAGAAAAACUGGAAGAAGAAAGCACACCCACACACACACACACACACACACCUACACACACACACACCUAUACACACCCACACACACCCACACACACACCUACACACACCUAUACACACACACACACACGUUGUAGCUGAGUGUUUCUGCACUUUUAAACCUUGUCUCAUGUCCAUCUACGUUGUAGAGAACCUCGGUUCUCUCAUUAAUCAUGGCAAUAUUGUGUCUGUCUUAAUUUGUCUUGUUUGUGUAUCAGUGUGAGUCUGAGGCAGUGUUUCAAAUCCUAAUCGAAGUGUUCUAGUGUUAGUUUAAAGCCGUACUCUGUGAUAGUUUAACUUCACUCAUUACAUCUCCAGGAGGAUUAAAGUGUUUACACGCAAUAUUAAAGCUUGUUUAGAGGGAAACUUCUGUAUCACUGCCACUUUAUUCUUCAGAAAUCACAGAGUGUGCCUUUAAAGUGAGAGCUGUAAUGAGGUGUGACGUCACUUCCCUCACACCCCCCCCCCUUCCUCCAGACUCUUAAAGGAACAGUGCAGCCAAAAAUAAAAUGUCCACAAAGUUUCGCGUUAAUCCACGUCCACAAGAUCUUAUCAGAAGUUUGCAUUUUUAUCACGUCAUUUGUCUCAGUAACACAAUUUGUACAUAAAC